AUCAGGAGGGAGAUCUACGACCGCCUGCGGGCCGUCGGCAACCAGGAGGCGCUCGCCGACCCCUUCUUUGACCGCGUGCUCGAGGACAACUACUAACGCCUCCCGCCAAGCUACUACAUCGACCUCGACGUGAGCAUGGAAGCCAGGGAUCCCCCACAAUUACCGUUUUGAUUUGGAGCCAGAGGUUUGUCCUGCUGAAGGAAUCGGGCGUGGAAGACAGGGCGAUUGUCGGGGUCGGCACACUCGGCGAGGAUCCGGCGAUGGAGCAGCACGUCCUCCGCCUUGUUCACCAGCGUUCCUGCGUGGCAUAGUUCUGUAAGAAUUCUCAAAAGCUCAAAAGCGAAUGUUAGAAGCCUGGAGAAUGAGAAGACUGAUGGAACGAGAGCUUGACAAAAGGUCAAAUGAUUGGUCAGCCAGGCUGGCAAGAUUUCAAGCCGAACAACAGCGACUACGGGAUAGAGUAAUGGAGCUAGCAGAGCAGAAUGUGUCAUUUCAGAGAGAAGUUACUUUGUUUGAAUCGAACCGAGUUGAGGCUUCUAACAAGAUUAGAAGUUUGGAACUGCAAAACAAACAACUGAAUGAUGAGAUGGACAAAGUUAAAGGUGAGCACACCAGUCUUUACAGAUCCUCAGUAGAGUUGCAUGAUAGCUUUACAAAAGCUGCAGAAGAAAGGGACCAAAUCCAAGAAUGCUUAAAAUCCAAAGAAGAUAACAGUAGGGCACUGCACAAGGUGAUUGCAAGGUUACAAGGGGCAUCUAAUGAGCAGGAAAAAACAAUAAAUGGGCUCAGGCAAGGAUUUAGUGUUGAAUUAGGAAAUAGAUCUGUUGGAAGUAGCGAAAGCAUCACCAGGAUGCAAAUGGAACUUUUGAGACUUACUGGAGUUCAGCAAAAGCUGAGAAAAGAAAUUCAGUCCUGUAACCUUGAAGUAGAGUCUCUUCAGCAAGAGAACAUAGGGAUUUCAAAUCGUCUACAAAGCAGUGGGAAUGGAUUAAGUUUAUCCUCACAUCGUCUUGUCCUGGAACUUCACGCUAGAGUGGACAACUUGCACAUGCAAGGCUUACCGUUACUUGAAGAUACUAGCUGUCUUUGUGGCAAGUUGUUGGGCGUCAUGAAAUCGAAGAGUGAGACAAUUGGCAGUGUUGAUGCACUAGCAGACAUUGAAUACACUGUGAAGUACCAGAACCUAAGACAAGGAAUAGAUUAUUUAGCCCUUAGUCUGAGAAAAGUUAAAUCUGUGUUGGUUGAAAAACACAAUAAAGAAGACAACAUAGUGGGUGUUUCUGUGGGACAUGAUACAUUAUAUGUUAUUGCUGUUCUUGAGUAAAGUGUAAGUUGUUCACUGGUUUA